AGUUGGAGUUCCCGCGGUUUUUCUGUAUAUUUAUACUCGUCAUUUCACAACAGUUCCUUCUUCUUGUGUUGAUUGCGAUUGUGAAUUGGUGACGCCGACUCAUUCUAAGUUUAAAUUUCAAGUAAAACAACUAAAAUUUCAUAAAAUAACCAACUAUUUAGAAACUUUAAGUGCAAUUAAUUAUCAAAAUGCCUUUCACACAAUCGCUUAACAAAGAAAAUGUCAACAUAAUCGCCAAAGAUCGUAUCAAUGCAAAGGCUGAAGCACUCUCACAAAACGUGCGAGUGCAACCUUUCCAGGAGAACAAGAACAUUCUGAAUGGAGUUGGACUAUUGAAAGAUGAAGCCAAGGAAAACGCAAUGGACGUUGAUAAGUCGAAGGACAAGGAGGUGUCGACAUUCGACCCGCAGCUGGAGCCUCUGCUCAGGGAGAACCCCAGGCGCUUCGUCAUCUUCCCGAUCGAGUACCACGAUGUGUGGCUCAUGUACAAGAAAGCCGAAGCCUCGUUCUGGACGGCCGAAGAGGUUGAUCUAUCCAAGGACCUAUCCGACUGGGAGAAGCUGACCGCUGACGAGAAGCACUUCAUCUCACACGUGUUGGCAUUCUUCGCCGCUUCGGAUGGCAUCGUCAACGAGAACCUGGUCGAGCGGUUCAGUCAGGAGGUGCAGAUCACCGAAGCGCGCUGCUUCUACGGCUUUCAGAUCGCCAUGGAAAACGUCCACUCGGAAAUGUACAGCUUGCUCAUUGACACCUACAUUCGUUGCCCUGAUCAGAGAGAGUACCUGUUCAAUGCGAUCGAGACAAUGCCGUGUGUUAAGAGGAAGGCGGACUGGGCGUUGCAGUGGAUCGCCAGCCAAACGGCCACGUUCGGCGAGCGAGUUGUGGCGUUCGCCGCCGUUGAGGGCAUCUUCUUCUCGGGCAGCUUUGCGUCCAUAUUCUGGCUUAAGAAGCGUGGUCUCAUGCCUGGUCUCACCUUCAGCAAUGAGCUUAUUUCGCGCGAUGAGGGCCUGCACUGCGACUUUGCGUGCCUGAUGUUCAAACACCUGGUGCAGAAGCCGAGUGUGGCGUGCAUCACGAGCAUCAUCCGCGACGCCGUCCUCAUCGAACAGGAGUUCCUCACCGAAGCGCUGCCCUGUGCCAUGAUCGGCAUGAACUGCACCCUCAUGAAGCGAUACAUCGAGUUUGUCGCUGACAGGCUGCUUGUCGAACUAGAUUGCCCAAAGAUUUACAACGUGGAGAACCCAUUCGACUUCAUGGAACACAUUUCUCUGGAAGGAAAGACGAAUUUCUUCGAAAAGAAAGUUGGCGAAUACCAGAAGGCCGGAGUCAUGAGCCGAAAGGACGAAAAUGUUUUUACAUUGGAUGCUGAUUUCUAGUUUGAUAAACAAUGAACAUUUGUUUUUUGUCUUAAUUUGUCAACAGAAGCUACCUGAUAGUUUAUUUGAUUUAUUGAAACAAAUUAAUAUUGAUCGGUCUUGAUAGUUUUGCAACUGCCACUUUCGUAUUUGUAUCCAAAGAUGUAUUACUAAUUUAGUACCGGAUCCACAGCAUGGUAUUUCCAGGCACUGAAUUUAAAUUCCUAUGUUAAUUCCCAUCUAUCUAAAACGUAGACUUUCAGUUUUUAUUCCGGUUUUUAAGAUCAAUUUAUUCAGAUUAAUUUUUUAUACAGUAAUGUGUUCUUAAUUUCAUUUUUCAAUAAUUCAACUACAAUACCAAUUUGUCUUUAUCUACGUAUAUGUAACAAUUAAUUUAUCCUUUUAUUACUUUCUGUGCCUUUUUAUUAACCGGUUUUGUAACGUUUACUCUAGUUCUAUUGAUAAUAAGUGUCCUUCAUCUACCAUUUAUGUCAUCUUAUAUAUUUUUGUAUUAUGUUUAUAUCAACUAUUUCCAUUCUAAAUGAGCUUUUAUUAUGUAAUUAUAUUUAAGUGAAAGAAGAAAACUUUUUAGUUCUUGAAUGGAAAUUUCUCAUUGUGAUGUAUUCUCAUAUUAUUUUAUCAAAAUUUAUCAAUAGUAUUUUAUGGUGUGCGAGAUAGAAACAGGGGUAUGUACUUACACAAGAUUAUAGUUAAGGCAGGUUAUCCUUACUAUAAUGCUUGUCAUUUUACAACAAUCAUUAUUAGGAACAAGUUAUUUUGAUUCUUUUUAUGGAGAAAAUAGUGGUUUUCAAAAAAGUUUGUUUAAUUACACAUUUGUAUCACGACUGUCUGUGCUUCCAGUCUUUGCAGUAUUAAACCAGAUCCGGAACAUUUACCUUUUACUUCUACCUUUCCACAUUAUCUAUUAUCAGGCUAGUGAUUUUGUAGCCUGCCUGCAUAACUGGUUUUUGUAAGGAAUGCAGCAUUCAAAAUUUUGAAACUUUAAAUUUUUAAAUGAAUUUUACGUUUUACCCCUUUUUUUAUUUCAGCCGAGUAGUUAUUACAUGCUCUACUCUUACAAGAGAUUAGUUCCUAAUGUAUUUCCUUGUGUUGGGAAUUCAAAAAUCAAAAUUUAUAGUUUUAUUGAAAAUUGUAGAUUAUUUGAGUUUGUAAGGUAUUGAAUAAAGAUAUCACUUUUUAUAAUC